UUUCAAGUGUGUAUGUGUGAGCGUGUGUGAAUCCCACACUGGUCUGAAGCUGCUGCUGCCUCUGGAAAAAAAGCCUGAAAAGCCUGGAGGGGAUUUCCUUCUGAAAGGCAAAGCUUUUCUCCUCCCCCUUCUCCAGCAGUAUUUCCCUCUCUCACGCUCCCACUUGCUCCAAAAACACAGUGCUGCCAGAGAAGCUCAAGACUGGAGCCAGCGAAGCAACAGGAAGCAAGACACUUCAUCGCUUGUAGCUCAACUCACUCAAACUUGCGGAAAGUCACUAAGGGAUGGGAACUUUCCUACUUACUCGCAGACCACUAACUGUCAUGUGGACCUACCUUCAUCAAUGGCAUUAUCUUGGCUAUUAAGAAACGUGAGAAGAAGACCGCUCUCGCUAGAGUCAAUUAUCUGGACGGAAUUAUCAGGACAAAAUGUGAAGAAACAUUCUGCAGGAUAGAAGAGAUACUGUCGGAAAGAUGAACCCAGAAUCCCUGGACUCGUCCAUCCAGAGUGCCCUGUCGGCUCUGUUCCCGCCCUUUGAGGUCACAGCGCCCACCGUCCUCAGUCAGCUGUUUAGGACCAUCGAGGAGCGCUUCCACGGUGACGCACUGCACUGCUUGCUGGACUUCCUCAUCCCGUCCAAACACCUCUUGGAGAGUGUGCAGCAGGCGGCGUGUGCUGCAUACUCAGAUGUGCUGUUCCGUUGUGAGGGCUGGCCCCUGUGCCUCCGUGACAGGACCGUGAUCCAGCUGGCCCCCCUCAACCCUCUCCUGUUGCGCCCCGGAGACUUCUACCUGCAGGUGGAGCCCUUUGGCGAACAGGCUGCCCGCAUUGUCCUCAAGAGUCUCCUGGAGGAGGGCUGCCACGAGGUGGAGGAGACCCCCAUCCCCGACACCACUUACCCCUAUAUCUUUACCCUUGAUUGGCUGAGGGAGGUGAAUGACGGACGCCAUGGCACCCCACUGUCCCACUGCCUGCUUUCCACCGACCAGGGAGUGAUGAAGGUGCCCUGGGCGCAAGUGGCAAUCCCCGAGUUUCUGGUCAAGCACAAGACCAUGACUACAUCAAGUGUUAUCCGGGACGUUCCGUUUGAGUCACGGCAGUUGCAGAUUCCAUCCUCUUCCGACUCUACCGCUUCCGCCCUUUCUCUGGAGACCAUGAUCCUUCCUGCCAGGGACGGGAUAUCUGUGUCCUUGCGACUCAUGGACGGUACCUCGAAACUAAUCAAGGGUGACCAUGAGAAAUUUGUCACCAAACCGCAUGCCAAACCACUAGUCAAGCCUGUGGGCUGGGUGUCGCCCAACACCUGGGACACCAGCUGGAACUACUGCGAGAUUGAAGGUGACUAUGUGGAUUUAGUGGAGUUCUCCAAGGAGAAAGAGUCUCUUGCGGGACGCAGUAGGACUCCCAAACCUUCAAAUCCUCCCCCUUUGUUCAAACCGGUCAGGCCCCCUCCUCCUAUACCACUUGGGAGCAGCACCCCCUGUGGGUGCACCCUCAGGUUUUCAGAGGAGCCUUGCACACCAUGCAGCCAGAGGAGGCUAGGGCAGGAGCCUAGUGGACAUGAACUAAAGUGCAGGUACAGGGACUCUUACCUAGCAGCCCUGCGCAACCCAGUUCCCUUUGAGAGGGGGAGCGUAGGACUGCUAGCUGCUCUGGAGGAGUCCGGCCCCUGCGGAGGUCACUGGGAGUGCUGUAACCACUAUAAGGAGCCUAUUGUAGGUCACGAGCCACACCAACAUGGGCACUUUGCUAAGGAAUCCCCAAACCUAAAUCACAUACCACACAAAUCUAUCAAACCUGCCAUAACUCACAAACCAGGAAAACAUACUAAAGAACCUCAAGUCAUUCAUAAACUCUGCCAAGUGGAACCCCAUAAUCAGGAACUUCAAACAAACCACAAAGCCCAUCAAACAGGACCUGACUCAAUGCUAAUGUUACCUCCGGUGGGCCAUCACCAGGGCGUGGUUGAUGCCUUUGACUGUGACUUCACCUCCAAGCCAGUUUGGAACCCGGAGGCAGUGAAAACCAUUGGUAAACACAAGGCCAAGCCCAGGGCACUCUCCACUGUGUCCGAGACUGCCAGAGGAAGUCCUCUGGUCCAUAAACUGAACAACAGGAGCCACAGUGACAUCUGUCCAGAGAUGACCCCCGUCUGUGUCCAGGUGGUGCAGUGUAAGAAAAUCAAUGCCUUCGGCCUGGUGUCCCCCAAGCUGGAGAGGCGGCAGUCUGCAAAGAAUGCUCAAGAUCCCUCGCCUGGCAAAGUUGAAACGCAGGCUACUGCACCCUCCAUCGGACCUGACACCAAACUCCAGAGUCCAAAGACCAAGCCCUCAGCGCCCCCAAUCCCACCCCCCUCCCCCAUACACAGAGCUCCUCCAUAUCCUCCCUCCCAAGACUCCAUCUUCAGAAGUAUCAGUGGGCUACUUCACCUGGGCUUCGUCAGUCUACCAGGUAGCAGAGACAGGGUGGGCAGGGCCGUGCUGGAGGUCCAUGGGAACAGGCAGGCCUGGAUGUCUCCUCUGCUGUCUGCCCAGGAGGUGUGUAAAGUGCUACUUUACCUCCACUCCAUCCCCAGAAAAGAGGUCCGGGACCUGGGAAUGACAGUGGUGAUUAAUGCCAGAAAGAUGCACCCUCCCUCCCUCUUCUACAAAGCCUUAAUGAUGGUUCAGGAACAAGCCCUGAAUGCAGUCCAUAGUGUGCUGAUACUGGUGGAUAAAGACACAAGCCCUCGCCCUGAAAGACACCCUGGGCUACAGAUGGAAGUGGUGACCUCUCUGAAGGCCCUGCACAAGAUGGUGGAGGGACAACAGCUGACCUCUGACCUAGGUGGGAACUUUCCCUACAGCCACACUGAUUGGCUGCAGUUUCACCAGAAACUGGUUUCCUUUGUGUCGGACCUGCAAGGGGCAGCCCAUUUACUACAUAGAGCAAUCAAGAAAAUUGAUGGUAAUCUCAAAACGGACACCGCCCAGGAUGUUCAGCUAUCUAUUCAAGAUCAGAAGACCUCAAUGAAAGAGGUGCUGCAGGAUGCCCGAUUGGUCCCUUUACAGAGAGAAGGUGGAGCCAUUCUGACCAGAAUGAGGAGGGAGGAGUUUCGAUUUACCAAGUCCGACGACUACAGGGAUGCCUUGGAGUCGGUGACGGUCCUAUAUAACCAGGUGGAGGAGAAUGUUCACACCCUGGUGAUGAAGUCCAAUGAAUCACUACAGCAUCUGGACUUCCUGCUCAAACUCAGGGAGGCGGAGUCAAAUCUUAAUACGGCCAAGGCAUGGUUUGAUACAGAAGGAGAGCAAUGGCUGGUGUUCUCCAACUCCACUGAGGACACACUGGAGAGUGUGAACCAAGCCCUUCAGCGCUUUGACACCGUCCUCACUCAGGCCAAGGAGAAGAAACAGAAGACCUUGACCCUGGUGAUGGAGGUGGAGAAGAUUCUGGAUUCCACCAACUCCAACCCCGAGACUGAGGUUUUUAGGACUGUGAUGAACACGUUCAAAUCUAAUAUGGCCGACUUUAUGUUGCGCGCUGAGCAACGGCGUACCGAGCUUGACAACAUGGCGCAUGUCUACCGCUUCUGUGAAGAGGCUGCUGCCCUUGCCAAGGAAUGCAGGCAAUAUCUUGAGCAGCUAGAGACGGAGCGCUAUCCUGCCAAAGCCUGUCUAAGCAUGCUUAAGACCUACGAGGAGAGAUUGGGUGACUGCUUCUCGUCCCGACACUUCCAGAAGAUCAAAGCCAAAGCCUGCAGCGUGAGAGGCUCUAGGGAGAUGAAUUUGUGGAAUGCCACCUGGAUCCAGUGCCAGGAAGUCAGCCAGCGGCUGGGGGAGAGGCUGCAGCAGCAGGGGAAUGCAGCCAACAAAUACCAGCAGCAGCUCACAGCUGGCGGAGCUCAAGUGAAAGACAGGGUGUUGGAGACUUGGAAGGAGAGGGAGAAAGAGGAGGAAGACAAGGAGGUGGUUGUGGCCCCUUGCUCCCUAACCCAAGCCUCAAACUCCCCUCCAGGGGUGGCCGAUAUGGCAAAUAACUCAGGGAGGGCCUCCGUGGAACAGAUGGAGAGCAGAGACAGCCGUGCUAGGUACAGCGCUAACAUUGCGUGUUUUAACCUCCCUUUCAAAGAGGACUUGAAAGGGAGCAAAGGAGCCAAAGAAGCAUCCCGGUUGGCCAAAUCCCCAGGCAUAGAGGGGGAACUGACACCAGCGGUGCCCCAAGAUGGAGAAGGUGGACCAGGAAGGCACCACAGCGAGACGGACCUCAAAACGGGGGAUCUGGUUGCUGGGUGUGAGGCGUUCUCAUGGAAACAUGACACUUUGGUGGGAUCCCUGAGUGAGGGUUCCUGUAUCAGCUCUCCCCUGUCCUCAAAGUAUGGCUCCUCCCCCUUGUCGGCAAGACACUCCCAUAGUCAGCCCUCAGUAGUGGCCCUGCCGUCCCCCCAAAACCCUUAUGAUAUCUCCCAUAAUGGAAGUUUCUGCUCUUGCAACUCCUGCUGUAGGACAAAUGGGGAAAGGGACACGGACAGAGAAGAUGGUGACCCCAUAGAGGUGUCUUCAGUGUCCUUCCUUGACCCCUGUGACCCGACUGGUGACAGGACCCAGAAGGUCUCAUCAUUGGCCGACACACAAGCUGAAGAUAAUGGCAACAAUGUUCUGAAGUUGCAGAGGAUCAUGGAGGAGCUCUUGUUGACUGAGAGGGAGUAUGUACGAUCUCUAGGUUAUGUUCGAGAGCACUACUUCCCCGAGCUGGAGAGGCCUGACGUGCCUCAGGACCUAAGGGGCCAGAGGGGGAGCAUUUUCGGCAACCUGGAGAAGCUCCAUGACUUCCAUCGACACCACUUCCUGAAAGAGCUGGAGGGCUGCCUCCGAGAGCCCUUCAGGGUGGGACGCAGCUUCCUACGACAUAGAGAGAGCUUUGGUUUGUACGCCCUCUACAGCAAGAACAAACCCAAGUCAGACAGCUUACUUAUCGACCACGGCCAUGACUUCUUCAAGCAAAAACAGAUAGAGCUGGGCGACAAGAUGGACCUGUCAUCAUACCUGCUGAAGCCGGUGCAGCGGAUCAGCAAGUACAGCCUGCUGCUGCAGGACAUGGUGAGGGAUUGCGGGCCCCACCGGGGCCGCGAGGAGGCCGAAGUCAGGCGUGCCCUUGAAGUCAUCCAGUUCCAGUUGCGCCAUGGCAACAACCUGCUGGCCAUGGACGACAUACAGGACUGUGAUGUCAACCUGAAGGAGCAGGGGCAGCUGAUUCGUCAGGACGAGUUCCUGGUGUCCUUCAGGAAGAAGAAGUGUUUCCGCCACAUCUUCCUCUUCCAGGACCUCGUCCUCUUCAGCAAGACCAAGUGGACUGAUGUGGGCAAUGACACUUAUGUCUACAAACAGUCAUUUAAGACCUCUGACAUUGGGAUGACCCAUAACUCGGGGGACAGCGGGCUGUGCUUUGAGAUCUGGUUCCGAAGGAGGAAGUCCCAGGACACGUACACGCUGCAGGCCGGGAACAGUGAGGUGAAGGAUGCCUGGACCAAAGACCUUGAGCGCAUCCUCUGGGAGCAGGCUGUACACAAUAGAGACAUUCGUAUGCAGGAGAGGGUGUUCAUGGGUAUCGGGAACAAGCCCUUCAUGGACAUCCAGCCUAGCGAUGCGGCCAUCAACGACAGGGCAGUCAAUUGUGCUCUGAUGGGAAGAGAAUCCAAGGCGUUGGCCUCCUCGGGGACGUCUAGCUCGCAGGGCGGUUGUCCUGUGCUACGGCCUAACUCCAUUGGCUCGGGGAGCUGUUCGUCGUCUUCCGGCAGCCACUCUUCUUCGUCCUCUGGGAGAGGGUCCCUGUCGUCCGCCGUGGAGGGGUACCUGUGUGGCCCGAAGCGGAGGGGGGCGGGGGGUCCCGGGGGGUACUCCCCACCCCCUGGGGUCCUGGAGGAGGAUGACAUGGACCAGGAGAGCGGAAGUCAGAAUCUACUGAUGAACAGCUCAGAGUCUUCAGGAGGGAGCGUGAGCGGCUUCAGCAGCUCCAGCCACAGCUGUCACUCCGCAAUUGGUAGAGAGGCGGAGGACGCCUCCUCCGUGUGCGCCUCCGUCGUCAGCCUGAAGGAGGUGCUAGCCCACAGACCCGAAGCCAACCUCCACAAGGCCAAGAGUCCCACCCGUUCCACAGAGAAAACCACCUCGCCCUCGCUCCCACACAGACCACCAGCCAUGACUAAGGAUCCACCUAAGGUUCAAAAUGUGGCCAUUGGAAAGUCAACUGAGGUUUGAGCUCUGAGUUUGUCAUUGUCCCUAGGUUAUCCAACUACAAUCCUAUAUUGUCGCUCCUCACAGAAUUGGACCUAUCGACAACAGAAGGACACCAUGAACCGUGUCACUGUAUAAAAGGGACUAUUAUAUGACUCUUAUAUGACAGUUACUGUACUCUACUUUUUCUAUUCUUUUUUUAUCUGACCACUAAAAUGUACUGUAUUUCACAUAUGUUCUUAUAUUGUUUUGCAAUUUAAACAUGUGCGUCUGAAUUGUGUUUGCGUUGUGUAAGACAAGUACAUUCAACAUGUAAUUAACCUUAAUGUUAUCUCAGAUUCAAUAGAUUACAAUACAAUACGGUCCCUCUUUAAACAAUCUACAACUUAGCCUUUAUGUAACACAUUACAUUACUUUUUCUAUCUGGGGCCUUUCCUUAAGACUAGCAAUGUCACAUGUAAUGUCAUCAUAUGCAUUGCACAAUGUCACCCUAUAUAAAGCACAGCUUUUUAGGGGAUUGACAAAAUAGGUUAUAGUGAAUUGCAAAAUGUGACAAAGAAAUUGUUGCACGUACCUGUGCUUGAGCGUGCUCUGACCUGGAGCGGCAGGUGUGAAUGUCAUGCCAGGCCAAGAGAAUGUUUUCUGCCAAGCUAAACCAAUAACUCAUGAUCUCAGUAAACUGUAACCUUUUCAUAAAUACAGUGGUGAAUCAACCAAUAAAUCAACCUCAACUGUCUUUUUAUGUAUACGGGAAAAAAA